ACAUGUAAGCGGGUGACAUCGACUAACUCCAGCAGCAUCUCUACACUGCUAACCAUAAUAACCUACUCGCGCUCCCUAAACAAAUCGCAACUUGGGGUCUUAAACUAGGUAAACCGUCCCUUCCGUGCCCAAUCAGGCGCCCCCGGAAACUAGAAAAAGCCAGAUCGCCAAAAGUCAGACCUGACCCAUCCCCAGAGGCCAGAGCUCACCGCGACGACUCGCAAAGCACUACGUCUUCCUGCCGCUGACUUUGCACAAGCGCACAUCGGAUCGGAGGAUAACCUAUACACCGAAGGGAUUAAACUCGAUUUCUGUUUCUCUGAUCGGCGCAUGCGCCAAUGGAUGCUUCCCCUUCCUGUCUCCUCCUCUUCCCACUCGCUGACCUGAGAAGAAGAAGAAGAAGCAUGCCAAGCCAACGCCGGCCACGAUGCAGCUGAGUCUUCUUCGUCGUCGUCGUUGUUGCCGCCGGUUUGUCAUUUCAUCGGGAGCGUGCGUGUUGUUGCUGUUCCUGUUGGCCUCGCUCUGCGGCUGCGCCGGCGCGUGCGUUGACGAAGGGGAGAGGGCGGCGCUUCUGUCCUUCCUCGCCGACCUCUCGCCGCGCCCCGGCGACGGCAUCUUCUCGUCCUGGCAGGGCGGGUCGCCGGACUGCUGCUCCUGGGAGGGCCUCGCCUGCGACGGCGGCGCCGUCACGCGCGUCUCGCUCCCCGGCCGCGGGCUCGGCGGGAAGAUCUCGCCAUCGUUGGCGAACCUCACGGCGCUCACGCACCUCAACCUCUCGGGCAACAGCCUCGCCGGCCCGUUCCCCUUGGCGCUGCUCUCCCUGCCCAAUGCCGCCGUCAUCGACGUCAGCUACAACCGCCUCUCCGGCUCCCUCCCAGACGUCCCAACCGCCGCCGGCCUCCGGCUAUUACAGGUGCUGGACGUCUCGAGCAACCAUUUAUCCGGCCCGUUCCCGUCCGCUGUCUGGCGGCUCACGCCGAGCCUCGUGUCGCUCAAUGCCAGCAACAACAGCUUCGGCGGCCCGGUCCCGGUCCCGUCCCUGUGCGCGAUCUGCCCGGAGCUCGCCGUUCUUGAUUUCUCCUUGAACGCGUUUGGCGGGGCCAUCUCCCCCGGGUUCGGGAACUGCUCGCAGCUCCGGGUCCUCAGCGCCGGCCGCAACAACCUCACCGGAGAGCUACCAGACGACCUCUUCGACGUGAAGCCGCUGCAGCAGCUGUCGCUCCCCUCGAACCAGAUACAAGGGAGGCUCGACCGCCUGCGGAUCGCGGAGCUGACAAACCUCGUGAAGCUCGAUCUCACCUACAAUGCGCUCACCGGGGAGCUGCCGGAGUCAAUCGGCGAGCUCACAAGGCUGGAGGAGCUCCGGCUCGGCAAGAACAACCUGACAGGCACGAUCCCGCCGGCGCUCAGCAACUGGACGGGUCUCCGGUACCUGGACCUUCGGUCGAACAGCUUCGUGGGGGACCUCGGUGCCAUGGACUUCUCCGGCCUCGCGGACCUCGCCGUCUUCGACGUGGCCUCCAACAACUUCACCGGCACCAUGCCGCCCAGCAUCUACUCCUGCACGGCCAUGACGGCGCUGCGCGUGGCCGGCAACGAGCUCAGCGGGCAGCUCGCGCCGGAGAUCGGCAACCUGCGGCAGCUCCAGUUCCUCUCGUUGACCGUUAACGCCUUCACCAACAUCAGCGGCCUGUUCUGGAACCUCCGGGGCUGCAAGGACCUCGCGGCGCUGCUCGUGUCCUACAACUUCUACGGCGAGGCCAUGCCGGACGCCGGCUGGGUCGGCGACCACCUCAGCAGCGUGCGGCUCAUGGUGGUGGAGAACUGCGACCUUUCGGGCCAGAUACCGCCGUGGCUGCCGAAGCUGCAGGACCUCAACGUCCUGAACCUCGCCGGGAACCGGCUCACCGGCCCGAUCCCGAGCUGGCUCGGCGGCAUGAAGAAGCUCUACUACAUCGACCUGUCCGACAACCACCUGUCAGGGGAGAUACCACCGUCGCUGAUGGAGCUGCCGCUGCUGACGUCAGAGCAAGCCAUCGCGGAUUUCAACCCGGGCCAUCUUCCGCUCGUGUUCACCUUGACGCCCAACAACGGGGCGGAGAUCAGGCGCGGCCGCGGGUACUACCAGAUGUCCGGCGUCGCCGCCACGCUCAACCUCAGCGACAACUACUUCUCCGGCGCGAUCCCGGCAGAGGUUGCGCAGCUGAAGACGCUCCAGGUGCUCGACCUCAGCCACAACAACCUCUCGGGCGGCAUCACGCCGGAGCUCAGCGGCCUCACGAAGCUCGAGAUCCUCGACCUGCGCCGGAACAGUCUCACGGGCCCGAUCCCCCAAUCGCUCAACAAGCUCCAUUUCCUGUCCAGCUUCAACGUCGCGCACAACGAUUUCGAGGGCCCGAUCCCGACGGGCGGGCAGUUCAACGCGUUCCCGCCGUCGAGCUUUGCGGCGAACCCGAAGCUCUGCGGCCCGGCGAUCUCGGUCCGCUGCGGCAAGAAAAGCGCGACAGAGACAGGCAACAAGCUUUCCUCAUCGAGGAGGACCAUCGGCAAAAGGGCACUCGUCGCCAUCGUUCUCGGAGUCUGCUUCGGGGUGAUCGCGCUCGUCGUCCUGCUCGGGCUCGCCGUGAUCGGCAUCAGGAGGGUCAUGUCGAACGGAUCCGUCAGCGACGGCGGGAAAUGCGCGGAGGCGUCCCUGUUCGCCGACUCCAUGUCGGAGCUGCACGGCGAGGACUCCAAGGACACGAUCCUGUUCAUGUCGGAGGAAGCCGGGACGGCGGCGCAGAGCAUCACGUUCACGGACAUCAUGAAGGCGACCAACAACUUCAGCCCGUCGAGGAUCAUCGGGACGGGCGGCUACGGGCUGGUGUUCCUAGCCGAGAUGGAGGGCGGCGCGAGACUCGCCGUGAAGAAGCUCAACGGGGACAUGUGCCUGGUGGAGCGCGAGUUCCGGGCGGAGGUGGAGGCUCUCUCUCUGACGCGGCACGAGAACCUGGUGCCGCUGCAGGGGUUCUGCAUCCGCGGCAGGCUUCGGCUGCUGCUGUACCCGUACAUGGCCAACGGCAGCCUCCACGACCGGCUCCACGACGACCACGACAGCGGCAGCAUCAUGGACUGGGCGGCGAGGCUGAGGAUCGCGCGCGGGGCGAGCCGGGGCCUGCUGCACAUCCACGAGCGGUGCACGCCGCAGAUCGUGCACCGGGACAUCAAGUCCAGCAACAUCCUCCUGGACGAGCGAUGGCAGGCCCGGGUGGCGGACUUCGGGCUGGCCAGGCUCAUCUCGCCGGACAGGACGCACGUGACGACGGAGCUGGUGGGGACUCUCGGGUACAUCCCGCCGGAGUACGGGCAGGCGUGGGUGGCCACGCUCCGGGGCGACGUGUACAGCUUCGGCGUCGUGCUGCUGGAGCUGCUCACGGGGAGGCGGCCCGUGGAGGUCGGCCGGCAGAGCGGGGACCUGGUCGGCUGGGUGACGCGGAUGAGGGCGGAGGGGAAGCAGGCGGAGGCGCUGGACCCGAGGCUCAAGGGAGACGAAGCGCAGAUGUUGUACGUGCUCGACCUUGCUUGUCUCUGCGUCGACGCCAUGCCCUUCAGCCGGCCGGCCAUCCAGGAGGUGGUCAGCUGGCUCGACAACGUCGACACCGUCAGCACCACAUCAGCCUCACCCGCAUCCGUGAAACGGUGAAAAAACUGGAAAUGGAGCGCUCUGGCCCUGCAGGUCGCGAUCUUGAGUGUUUUGGGCUUGCAAUGGGGGUGAUCGAGGAGAUGAAAUCAGAAAUUAAUUGCGAUGCACUUUGACUCUUAAGCAUGGAUUCAUCUUCAGAGAGGCGUCAGACGUCUGAUGAUGGAUAAUCACAGACUUUUCGCAGAGCCUGAAAGACGUGGGGGAACACUCAGUCGAGAGAGCAUUUUUUUUUCAUGGGGGUGAUGGAUCGGUUGGGAUUGCUUUGUGAGUUCCUAGGAUUUAAUAAAGCAAAACUAUCUGAGCUGAUUUCCAAAGAUUUUGGAUCCAAAAACGACCGGAUAAGCCCUUGAUUGGUGUACAGCAUGUCAUUUCUAUCACAGCGCCAGAGGAACCUUGGUCUGUACGUACUUAGCUUCCCGCAGGGCAGUUGAGGAAGAAAUUAUUUGUUCAAAGAAUAUGGUUUCAGAUUA